CGGUAUUCGUAAGGUCUGAUUUUGUUGAUAAAUAAUAAAAGAACAUUAUUCUUUUAUUCUUUUUAUUAUUCUUCGUGAUUCCAAGAAGAAUUACGUCGCAGCUAUUCAAAUAUCUGAUGAAACAGUAUAAUUUGACAAACAACCGUGGGGAAGUAUUUUGACUUGUUAAUAUCAAGGUUUUAGAUAAAACGUAUUUGCACAGAUGUGACCUAUAUAACGUACAUUUUGUCGAAUUUAGGUGCAAAUAGGCAGCGGCUUUCGGAUCCAAUAGUCAGUGGUUACUCAAUGAUAGAGGAAUUCGGAUUGGAAGAUAAAAAUGAUUUUUAAAGUGUAUUUCGUUGUUCUUCUUGCCUGCACUUUCAUCCAUGCUGGACCUGUGCGAAUAAAGCAACCCUCAUCGCGAGCAAUUUCGGUAUUCGAUGAUGCCGAUACCCAUGUUAUUGAGAAUCUUGAAGAUCUUCAAAGCAACACGUCCACAAAAGAUGCUAAUUCCGAUAAAGAAGUCUCCAAUGAAUUCCAGACUGGAUUCCCAAUUCUGCCAGGAUUUAAUGAUCAAAUGACUGAGGCUCCCCAUCCAGAAAAUACGAAUAAAAAUGACAUUGCGGUAUCGGAGGAAAAUACAAAACCAAAUGUAAACCCAGAUGUCAAUCGAGUACCUGUCCAGGAAAGCCAAAAUCCUCAGAUUAACAACACCGCUAACAGUGAAGAUGAUGAAGAUGGCGAGGACUUCGACUUCGACUUCGAUUGGGGAGGGUCUGAAGACGAACCGCAGGAACAAGGUCCAGUCUCAGGCAUCCUCAAUGAAAUCGCAGACGUUGUCGAGCAAUACAUCCAGUCAGCGGUCAAAGUUGGGGAAGACAUUUUUGGGUCUGAGAAGGAUGAUAAUAAUGGAGAUAGUGAUUAUACUUUGCUCUGAAGUAAUGGAUUUCUCAUCAUGCCGUGUGUCAAGUGACAUUCUUCACGCAUCGUGAUGUAUGAGGUGGUUUUUCUCAUCUCCCACACAUUAAAAACCACUUUUCCACACUCGUAUCGAA